AUGCACUGGAAACUAAAUGGUGAAGAGCUGAACAUAAGGUCGGUGAAAUAUAAGCCAUAUUUUAUAUAUUACCACAAAAAAACAAAGCCUUGAGCAUUAAGCAUUGAUUAUAUUUUCCUCUUGGUUUCUCUUGGGGAAAUGCAAGAAUUGGAUAACAAAUGUAGAUGUAAUAUUCAUAUUUACCAUUAUGUAUCUUAUAGCUACAGCGCUGUGAACUUAGAAAAAGACAGCAGGUGUAAUGGAAGCAAGGCGCUGAUAUUUGGGCAGGAAGGAGAAAGUAGCGCGUCUUACGCUGAAAUUCGGCCCAAAACAGAUAUCAGCGAAAGAGAGUCGUAUACAAUAAUGUGCUGGAUCAAAUUGAAAAGGUACAACACAAAAACUGACUCCUAUCAAGUCAUUUUGGCAGAUUUGACGACGCAAAAGUAUAUGUUUGCAAUCGUUCAUGGCGGUAAGCUGUCCUUGAACAGCAGAGUCUUUGGAAAAAGUACCUUGAGAUUAAAAGAAGCACAUGAGCGGGUUCGUCUACAUAAAUGGGUCCAUACAGCUGCGACUUGGGACGGUUAUGAAAUAAAAUUGUAUGUAGAUGGUAAAGAAAUGGAUGGGAACACGUUAGAUUCUUCGUUGAAAAAUGAAGGUUCCUUUGAGAGUGAAACAGCUUACAUAGGAGGAUACCCGGGGCUCCACCAGUUCGACGGAUCAAUAAUGGAUCUAUUUGUCAUUGGAACGGCACUCUCGCGGGCUAACAUCAUGAGCGUCUUUAAAGGUGAAUUCAUAAAUAAGAAAUUAGAAAAAAGAUGAAUUUGAAUUUGACGGAGGCACUUCAACGGGGUAUCAAACCCAAACAACUUUCUUCCAGGUAGAAUUUAGGGUUUUGAGUUUUGGUUGUUGUGGGGGGAGGGGCGGAGGGGGGGGGGAGUGAAUUCGGGUAUUCAAUUCACCACUGUGCUGGGAGUUAGCUCUCGCAUCUAUGCCAUCCCUGCUUCUACAAGAACGAGAUGGGCAAACGAAAGAUCCAGUAUUGGGAAACUGACUAGCCUGUGUUUUCCAACUGGGCAAACAUUUCAAUGAGUUCAUUUGAUGCAUAGGUUGUGCAGGGAUUGCACACGAACACUCGCUUACUGCUGUAUCCCGGUUUUAUUUUCCUGACCUCGAAUCACAAACGAGUUGAGUCUGUAGUCAAUUUUCAUUCUUGCUAUUACCGCGGUUCAAUUUCUGAUUUCCACUCGUCAGAAAAUCAAAUCUUAAAAACACUAAACAAAAAGAAACCUUGAGGGCGUGCCCUUUUUGAAAUUAAAUUUCCUCGUUUAACAAGAAAGGGUUCAGGUUGUAAGAUCAAAUAGAACAAAUGUUCAAAUUCGGUUUUACUGAUUGGCUUCACCCUUUUGAUACACUCGCUCACAAGUCUCAUAAUAUUGAAUGAAAGAAAUCCAGCACUGAAUAUUCCCUCCUUAAGGUGUUCCACUGAUGACGCAGAAAACCGUCAGUGUCCCAGGGAAACAUGUCAUGGUCAAGUGGAAGAGAAUCUUUGAAGGACAGUGUCCUUCUGACAACUUCUUUGUAUAUUACAAAGAAGUAAACUCCACUCAAUGGAAGUUCCGAAACGUGUCCAAGGGAGCUAAUCAAUAUGAUCUUGAGCUGGAGUGUUUCAGAAAGUAUGAUAUAGCGGUUACUGCCGAGAGGUCACAAAAUAGUGAAAAUGUGGAGGCUCCAAGAGAUGCCAGCAAUCACUGGAAGGUACUAACUGGACAAGGUAAGAAAACAAAAUCCAUCGUUCUGAUUGGUCAAAAAAAGCGCUAAUACCACGAUGGAAAAGUUUAAGGAUACGGUAGAUCUUCGACGGUCAAUUUUAUUUCAUUUUAUUCUUUUUCUAUGGUAAACAAAGUCUCAAAGUAAUUUUAAACAUAGUUUCCAAGAAAAAUGUAGAUAAAAUGUUGAAACACGCGCGAGUCAUUUACAAAAUCGUAUUUUUGGACUGAGGUUCGCAGCCCGCCAAAGUGUGUAUAGCCAGUUAUAACAUGUUAAAAUAAAUGAUUCCCGAAGGGUUUCUCGCGGCAAGGUCUACCUAACUUUAACGAAUUAUAAUAAUGGUGCAGUCAACGAAGUUACUCUUUCCUUUUCUAGAUUUUCCAGAAAUUUUGAAUCACGACCCGGAGGUAAAGGGAAACUUAGUAACGGUGUCAUGGUCACGCCUUGUAGACUGCGAUGUGAAAAACCAUAUUCUCAGGUAUAAGUAUAAAAACGUAGAAGAAUGGACAGAAAAAACUGAACAAGUUCCUGCGACGGAAUUUAAACAUACACUUAAACUGAAAUGCCACAAAGUCUACCUAAUUGCAGUCACCGCCAGGACGGCAUUUGGCGAGACGCCUCUAACACCUGGCAGUUGGUGGAAGGUCAAAACCGGACAAGGUAAUUAUAACUGGUCCUAUAAGGUGUUAAUAGUGUACCGUUAAAGAGUCUUAAAGUUCAAAGACUGUUGCCGGUCUAUUCUGAGCUCGUGUUCUAGUGGGAUCAACUGUUUUUGGUGGGUUGAGUUGGCUGAGCAUUUUCGAAUUCUACUGGCUAAAGGCCAAAAUUUGAUUGCUCACUUUUCUGAGCCGACCUAAAACCAUUAUGAAGCAGUAUAUGAUUUGAGCUCUGGAAUACCAUUAAAUAUUAAAUCGUGCAUCUGAUCAUUCAGACAAGAGGGACUGUUGUCGGUAGUACUGAAUGUUUCGACAAAUUGCUAAACUGCUACAGGUUGAAACGGUUUACAGUAAAGUCGCCCGAGAGUCAUCUCGCACGAAGUCAUGUCGCCCGAAACCUGAGUCGUGUUGCCCGAAAUUUUAGUUAUGUCGCCCGAAAAAAAAGGUCAAGUCGCCCGAAGAAACAAAUACUAAAAAGAUCAGAAUUUCAGACUGUUAAUAGGCAAUAACGUUGAGAAAUUUUUAUCACUAAAGCGCUCUUUGUUGCCGACAACACCAUGAAGAUUCUUAAAGCACUGUUCGUUCCUAACAACAAAGGGAAACGUUGUUCGUUUCCAACAAGAAAAUGCAGCGUUGUUCGUUUGGUAUGUAAUCGUUUCUUACUCACGGACGUUUCGUAAGCUUGAGAAACUUUUUCUUGGUUUCUAACAAUACCAUGAAGACUUUGACUACACAGAAAUCGAUCAUAUGUUCGGAAUUGAAAUAUGUUUGAGUAACGAUUCUAAAAGCGUGGUUCGUUUCUAACAACAAAGGGAAGCGUUCUCCGUUUCAUACAAAAAAAUGAAGCGCUGUUUAUUUGGUACGUACUCGUUUCUUACUCACAGACGUUUCGUAAGCAUGAGAAACUUUUUCUUGGUUUCUAACAAAGCCAUGAAGACUUUGACUACACAGAAAUCGAUCAUAUGGUCAGAAAGGCCAUAUGAUCGACCGUAAUCAUCGCACUAUAGGCCUUGUUGACGUGGUCUAACUUCGUCAUCACACUCAAUGCAGGGAUGAAUGCUCAUUUUGAUUAGUUUGUAUUCGUAUUGUAGCUAACAUUACCCUUUUCAUAUAUACUUUGAUUGGAUCAAAAUAUACAUGCGACCGCCAGAGGAAACAGAGCACAACUACAUAAUUUUUGCCUAUUCUGAUCCUAAGGGAAAUGAUGCUAUUAGACUACUACUGUGAAAAAAGUCACAAGCAUAAACAAUAGACUGUUAUAUACUGUUACAUACCAAACGAACAACGCUUCAUUUUGUUGUUAGAAACGAACAACGUUUCCCUUUGUUGUUAGGAACGAACAGCGCUUUAAGAAUCCUCAUGGUGUUGUCGGAAACAAAGAGCGCUUUAGUGAUAAAAAAUUUCUUAACGUCAUUGCCUAUUUACAGUCUGAAAUUCUGAUCUUUUUAAUAUUUGUUUCUUUGGGCGACUUGACUUUUUUUUCGGGCGACAUGACUCUCGGGCGACUUGUACGGUUACCGUUGAAACAGUUGAAAAAGUAUAAGUGGCGAGCUUUAAUGGUUGGAGAAUAAAAAAAUAAAUGGCGAUAAAUAACAAUAAAACGAUAACCUACUCAAGCUCGUAUUUCAUGCCGGAUUUGGAAAAAUAAACCGUCAACUGAUAGCGUAAGAGUAAAGUUCAGCCAAAAUUUCCCGUCUAAACUUCGUAUCGAUAGCCAGAUAUAAUAAAAACUGGUCGCUAUGUUGACCUUCCAUAACUGCAUGCAAAAAUCUGAUUCUGUAAUGGACAUUCCCAUGGAUCAACACGUUUCAACCGAAAACAGUUGGUAAAUUGAGGAACUUUGAACGCUUCAAGACAAACUGAUUUCAGUUGAAAUUUUCGAUUUUAAUCGAACUCAACUUUAAGACAUGAUUGCAAACAGGAAGACAAUCAAACAGGGUCGGAGAGACUGGUAGACGGGCGAUAAUCUGAACAAAUGAAACAGGAGAUAAACAGACAGAAGCACAGACGAAUGAGCGACGGGCGGGAAAAUCAUUCGCAGUGUCUGUUUCAUGCAAUAUUGAUUUUCAAUAACACUUUUUUUCUUAGACUUUCCGAAAAUGAAAAAACCAGAGGUUAGGAAGAGCAAUGUGACGGUCAGAUGGGAAAAUCCCUUCGUUGGCGAAUGCAAUGUUUCAAGGUUCACCGUGUACUACAGAGAAACAAUGGAGCGUCGGUCUGUAAACUGGACAAAAGUUAUAGUUUCAAGAGACGAAUUCCAAACGACUCUUCAGUUGAAUUGCACAACGGUUUACGAAAUUGCAGUCACGGCAUGGAGCUCACAUGGAGAAACGCUGCGGGACGGAAACAUAAAGAAUACGCAGACUUUUGGAGGUACUCUGAUCCCAGACCGUUUUAGAUCAACUUGUUUUUCUUUCUUCGGCCCAUUGAAAGCGAAUGAACGUCCUUCUGUUGCCAUUAUAAAGUCCUUAAUAUCAACAGCAGUAUGCAGUAUGCAGAGAUUCGUCCAUGAUCAGCUUGAACUCACAGGGGUUUACGAAACGGGAUAAGUUUAACAUGCGUGCGAACGCAGGAAUGUCAUCGAUCGCAAUAAAUUUUUUCUCAACUAAUUGUUUUUUUUUUUAUUAAUCGUAUCCUACUCGCUCCAAACAUUUUAAUGUUUAUGCUGCUCUAGGCGCUACACUUCACUGCAAGUAUAAGGGUGGCAAGAGAAAUUGACACAUCUUAAGCCUGCAGUGGGAGUUUCCUUCUAUGCCACUUAUUUUCUCUUGAUACGCACCUCAUUUCUAAUCUCACUGGAAUCAGAUUUAGCAAUUCAAGCUCUUAGCCGGAAAACAUUAUUCUGUGAUGGUGUGAUGUGUUACCUCCUCUUACAGAUUCACCAUCGCUUAUUGAACACAGUUCAAUCACAAUUUUAGAAGACUGUAAAGUGAACGUUUCUUGGAAUCCCCCGAAGGACAAUGGCUGCCCUUUAAAGGAGUACUCAAUUCACUACAGAGAGAUUCCAGACUCAUAUAGCGCGUGGCACGAAAUAAGUAUAUCUGACGUUAGACGAACGCACAACAUUAUUUCGCUUAAGUGUGGUCAGCAAUACCAGCUAGCACUGACGGCGUCUAAUUCUGCAGGAGAAAGCAAAAUGUCACCUCCUCAUAACAUAACAACUACAGGUAUUUCAAAGCGGUUUUUACGAAUUUAAUGUUUUUUUCUAUUUUUUACUUGAGAACCGUUUGAAACCGUUGACAAAGUUAAUGAUAAAGUUGUUCCUUUCUUUUUACUCUUUUCCGACCCUUGAUGACGAACCAACACAGUUUUGUAUAUUCCAUGUUUUUCCCUCUCCUAUCUUGAGAACGUGUCGGAGACUUUGUCAAAAUCAAUGCAAGGAAAUUGUCUUGUUCCUUUUUCUUACUUUUAUCCGACCGCCUAUUAUGACAAGGUAGGUUAUUUUUGGAUGCAAACGAAUUAAUAUGAAAUAUCAAUUAGCCUCAUUAGGCAAAACACCAAUCACAAACGAAGGAAGUGGUAGUGGUACUGACGACUCCAACGCAGUCAUUGCUGGUAUAGUUAGUAGCUGUGUUGUAAUUAUCCUGCUUGUGUCCUUAACGAUCCUAAUCGCAAGAUGGAGGAAAAAGAAAGCAAAUUCUACCAGUGGAAGGUGAGGAUUUUUUAACAACAUUUUAUUAUGCGAUAACAAGAUCAAAUAAGACUAACAAUGUCUAUGGAAUUCUAUUUGCCAUAAACUUCCCAAAGAGUUAUAGAUGUUUUUCAGUCGAGCCCUUGACGAUACUAAUGAAUUUAAGUCACUCUUACAACAUAUUCAACACAUAUUUCUUAGAUCAGCAAAGUGGGAAAUUAUCCACCUUCUCCACCAAGAGACCCCACCUCAGCGAGUGACAUUUAUGGAAGAGCUUGGUCGUGGUGCAUACGGAAAAGUCUACAAAGGUGUAAUGAUGAAAAUUGUAAGCGUCCAGGUUUUUUUCAAACCCAAAGAAGAGAGACUGGAUAUCAGUGAAGGCAUAGUUGUUGCUAUUAAAACACCUCUAGGUAAUUAUUGCAGUCAUAAUUUGUUCCAUUUGGAGCUGAACAAUUCUGUCCGUUCUCCUCGCGGGUUCAAUUUAAGCAAAUAUCGUGAUCUGCAUAUGAUUGCUUCCGACAAGUCACCCCGUUUUCGAAAAGGAUGCAAGUAUCCAAACGAUGGCUUCACUUGUUUUUAGGCGUUUGUGAAAUCAAAUCAAAUUUACGUAUUUAACUCAUCUCAACUAGCUAUAGAGUGCCCUGAUUGGAUAAAUCAAUGCAUUAAAAACAAAGAUUAAUAUGUCAAAGCAUUUACAGUGAGUGAGUAAAGACCAUCAGAACAGAAUGUAGUUACACUUCGAGUUUAAAAAAUUUUCUAUCAAACAGAAAGCAUUCCUCAAAUUGGAAAAGCCAUGAUUAUCAAUUAUAAGUAUAGUUUUCAAGCAUGAUAAUUUAAGGGAUUUUUUUAUAGAAAUUAAAAGAAGAUUUAGGAUUUUUUUCUCAGCAGGAGAUUUCAAAGGCAAGAACUAUUAAUUUAUACUUGGUGGUAGGGAUGAAAUGAGGAGCUAAAACGGAUCAGUUACAGAAACAGUCUUGAUAACAAUUGUUUUCUUCAUCCAAUCUGUAGAAACGCGGAAAGAGGAAGGCAAAAGGCAACUUCUACAGGAGAUCGAAGUCAUGAAGGAAAUUGGUUUUCACAAGAAUUUGUUACCUAUGCUAGGCUUUUGGGUCAAGUCAGAGCCCAUUUAUUUAAUAGUGGAAUAUCUUCCACAUGGGGAUCUUCUUCAGUGGCUGAGAAGCCAAAGAAGUCAGGUGAGGCAAGGUGUACCGUGGCAACCCGAUUUGCUCGAGAUAUCUUCCAGCUGUUGUUGGUAUGAGAUAGGGAAGGAAUCUGGGUAUGCAAACCUGUCUUCAUAAUAUCAUAACGGUUUGACUAAAGCCCCUGGGCGGGGAGGGUUUAAUCGUUUGUCUCGUUUGCCUUUCCCCUUCCUAUCUUUGCGUGGAGGGUCAGACCUUCUUCAUACCCUUAAACUCUACAUUUAUGCAAUGAUAAAACUUUCAAUGAAGUUUGGUGAGAGUUCUGCGACUGCGAUUUGAAUAGUAAAGUAACCUCAUCGAUAUGGGUCAAUUCUUCCGCUAAGUGCAUUCAUCAACAAACUCGUACAACGUACGCAGAAUUAGACCAGAAAUCUAGCGUCAAUCUUAAAAAUAUUUAGACAAUUUAUAUUUUCUCAUUCAGAUUAGAGCUAGAAAUGAGGCCACCUUGGAUGUCUUCAAAGAACUACCUACAAGUUCGAAAACAGCUGAAAAUGGACAAGGAAUGGACGACUGUGAACUUCUAAUAGACCACCCAGAUUUAGUAAGAGGCGAGCACGAUGUAUUCAGUUUGGAAGAACGAGAGCCAUUGACGAUGGAGACAAAACAUGGAUAUGAAAACACAAGAGGAUUCAAAGACAAACAAGCCAUUCCGGUCCAAGAAAACGCCAUCAAAACAAAUACCUGCGAACAGGGCACGGACGAGGAAAGAGAAGAACUGAUUAGAAAGGAAAUUGUGACAAAGGGUGAUAUUGGCGGUCCGUCGUGGAAUCUCAUGAACAACGCUGUUCCACAACCAAGGCAUACCUCAGGUCGUUCCGCCUCUGUUGUUAACUUGAUAGAAACCACGACUACCUCGAAAUGUGAGGACGAAAAUGAGGAACUAUCAGCAAAGGACCUUCUUUGCUUUGCGUGGCAGGUUGCGGAAGGAAUGGUGAGCAUCCACAGGGUCUUAGAGGUUAAGAAUACCUAGGCACUUCCGAGAUGUCCCAGGUUUCAGUCCUUUUCAAAAUGAGGGAAAUUGCAAAGCCUUUGGUGUGAAAAUGAUAUUAGAGAGUUUAAGAAAACCACGACGGCAACGGGAACGCCACAAAAAACACAGAGUUUAAUGAGUAGAACAAAGGCUGGGCACGAGCGUUUUAAGACUUUGUAAAUUUCUUUGCGUCCUCUGCAAAACAACAACGUGAAAUGACCAAACUUUGCGUUGUCUGGAGAAGGUGAACGACAGCCAAUUUUUAAAAUUUCUAUUCCUAAUUUAAGGCCGGGUUCCAUAUUCAGUUUCGAGCUGGUGAGAAACAAAUUAAAUGGCAUUAGAGUAUCGCGAGAUUCGUAGGUAAAAUAUAAGUUCAUUUUUUAACCGACAUUGUCCAUGGCGUUGCCGUCGUCGUUUCUUAAACUCCCUACUUAUAUCCUCAUGCAAAUAUAAACUCGUUUCACGAAAAAGGAUUGGUAAUUGGCCUCAUUUUAAAAUUGAGGGGUUCUGGAACUUGCAAAUCGCCUAUUCGAGAAGGCUAAUUCUGUAGCCUUCUCGAUUGGCAGUCAAUGCCAUACGAAUUUCUGAACACACCAAGAAUAGCAUGUGGUAACUGAGAUAAGCGUCACUUUCUGCAUGCUGUUUUAGAAGAAACAGGCAUACGAUUGUAUAGAUGCGACAUCAUUUCUUAUGAUGAGGUAUUGUUUUCAUUUACAAUGGCUCAUUUAGUAUAUACAAAACAGCCACGUAGACAACAAACUACUGUAAAGAUGGCCCAACGCUGUUUCCUUGCUUCUAACAGCAAUCACAAAUCUCUGAAGGCAACAUAACACAGAUUGAGUGCCCUGUUACUAUCUCAAGCACAUCGCGUACUGAACAAAUGAAGGAAUAUUAAUUCAGAUUUAUCUCUAAUAUCAUAAUAUAAGAAAGUAGUGUCUCGAAAGAUUCCAGAUAAUUUUUUUUAAACUCAGUCCAGAAGACGGAUUCUAAAUAUCACCCCGCGCAAGCGCGAAGUACAUCUCGCGCAUCACACCUUAACGCUUGUUUUCUGAGACAGAAUGUCUUUUCUUUGUCAUAGAAUUACUUGGCCAGCAGAGGAUUCGUUCAUCGUGAUCUGGCUGCCCGCAACAUUCUUCUUGGGGAGGGCAGAGUAGUAAAGAUUGCCGACUUUGGACUACUACGUCACACCGCAAAUGAUAUAUACGAAAUGAACAAUACGAAGAAAGUACCUGUUAAAUGGAUGGCACCUGAGGUCAUUUCAACCAAUAAAUUCACUUCCAAAAGCGAUGUGUAAGUUCACAAUAUUUUUAUACAGUGUUCAUUUCCCAACCAGUAAAUUGCUAAUUGUUAUCUAUCUGUCUUUAUUCGGUGCAACCUUCGAUGUUUCGUUCAGAAAAUUUUUCAAUUUUUUCAGAUGGUCAUAUGGAGUUUUUAUGUGGGAAUUAGCAACAAUGGGUAAGACAAAGCAAAUGAAUUUUGUUGGUGUUGUAUUUGUUGUCGUUGUGGUUUAACGCGGUACGACUCCUCUUUGGCUUUUAUCUAAAGUUGCUAUUCAAGAUUAAGGUUUUUAACCAUUUAUGCUUUAUAAAAUCACUCGAAAAAAAAUACAAAACUUUCUGUGUUUUUAUGUAUUAAUCGAGUGUCUCCAAGUCAAAACAUUUCCUUUUUACCCCGUUAUAGGAGACACUCCGUAUCCUGGGGUUGACAACAAAGAUUUGUUUGUUCUUCUCAAAAUGGGACACCGUUUGGAGAAACCAAACAUUUGUUCUGAAGAACUGUAAGUCGGCUUAUUAAAUCUUCGCAGACUGAUAAGUGUUUUUCAAUUUAAACAAACUAUCGUGGUUUCAAAUUCUCUAACAAUAUUUAAGAGUUACAGAUUAGGAGGAGGUAGGUUGUGGGAACAUUUCUGAUGUAACUAAAAGCUUAAAACGAGAAUGACAUAAAUAUAGUUUACGAAAAGGCAUAGAGAGUUAAAACAUUCCACAAUUAAGAGACACACCGCAUCAUUUUGAUUUCGCCAUAUCUGGUGGGGAAGACAAUAAUCCUUGGAGAAGCAGACGGUUAUCGUCAAAUCCAAAAGCCUCAUGUGCGGACCUUUUAGCAGACAUUAUGGCUUGUUUUCUCCACAUAACUCAAAAAAGCGGUGUUUUGAAACCCCUCCGGAAGGAUAAGCGUUACAUUAUCUUAGGCAGAACGUCUCUUUGUUAACUAUGGUCAGACUACUUCGACAAAUGCGGUUCCAAGAAGCAAUCAAUAUACCACUACAUUACAAUGAAACAGAUUUGCUGAAUAAAAUAAUAUUCACUCAAGACCAAUACAAUUGAUAGUGUACAUCUCAAUAUCAAUAUAUACCUUCUUAAAGGGAAAUCACGUUUGCGAAUCACAAACACUCUCUUUUUUUACCCUAUUUAGAUAUUCUUUCAUGUCAGACUGUUGGAGAGACAAUCCAGACGAUCGACCGACAUUUGAACAAUUGAUAUCCACGCUUGAAGAAAUGAUGACAAGAGACACGCCUUACUUUGAUCCAAACAAAGUAACAACGAUAGGCAGUUAA